UAUGCACGUAAAUGGAUGUAUGGGCAGCAAUCUUUCGGACGUCUUCCCUUCACUUCCUUUCCAAGACUCAAUGAAUAACUCUGUCAGUGGUUCAGUCUUGAAUAUAAACGGACCAAACGUAAACAGCAUUGAUACGAUGUCUCGACUCAAGUUUCUUGGCUUAAAUUUGGGGAAUAAUAAUCAGAAUGGAAAUAGUAACACCCUUUGUAAUGAGGAUCGCUCACGCACCAAUUUGAUAAUCAACUACCUUCCUCAGAGCUACGACCAAAACGACCUCCAGCGUCUUUUUGAGCGAGUGGGACCUAUUAGGCAGUGUAAGCUUAUUAGAGACAAGAACACGGGUGCUAGUUUGUGUUAUGGCUUCGUAGAUUUCGUGAACCCUCAGCACGCAGCUUUAGCAAUACAAACCUACCACGGUUACGAGACGGAGCAGAAACGACUGCGUGUGGCGUACGCCAGUUCAGGGGGUCGUCGGUUCACACCAGGACAUCGUCUCCAAACAUUUUCCAAUGGAACUAAUUUCCCAGGCUCAUUAAACUCCGAAGUCACAAAUGAAAAUAUAAUUGGUUGGGAGAUUAUAGUAACUGGAAUACCUGUAGAGUGGACUGAACCGGAUUUACUCCGUCUCUUUUCUAAUUUCGGGGCCGUUGUGGUUAUUAGAUUAUUAGCUCCUCAAUUCCCCGAUUCACCACCAGGUCAAAAGCCUCGUCUUAGUCCCGCUUUGAAUGGAGCCUCAAGCGAUAUGAGUUCAGAAUCAGCGGACAGCAAGUUCACUUCAAGUGCAUCUGUCAUUUUCCAGGAGAAAAAUAAUGCUGAACUUUCUGUUUUGCGCCUAAAUGGUUAUCAGGCCCCAGAAUGGACAUCACCGCUCAGAUUGCGAUUAAUUGGUUCAGUAACACGAGAAACCUAUGGGCUGUUUUACUUUUCUUCGCGUCAGUCACCACUCCCACUCAAUCGUACAACUAACAACAACAGUAACGCCGAUCCUUUGACCGAAUCGAAUAUACUCACCAAUGUGCUGAAUAGACGGACGCUGAACACACUAGGCUGCGCUGUACAUGGAAAUUCACAAAGUCAGUAUAUGGCAGAAACAAAAAACUCUGAAGGCACUCUAAACGUAGCAGUGGAGUCUAGCAGUUCCCUCCAGUUACCAUCAAACACUCCAUUUGGCAUUCCUCCUCGACCAAUCAUGCGAAACAAAGUCACUGAUCACAACCUAACAUCGAUCUUCAACCGCGACGUCCUCUCACAAACCAGUUCAUUAGACGUCUUGGAUUUCCUUGACGGUCACCAUAAUGCAAACUCACCAGGUUUGGUUGCUGGGGUUGAUCGCUGUUCAUCCAGAGAGAUCUCAAUAAUUAACACACUAAACUCCCAACGAACUGUCGACAAUGACCAGCCGAAAUUGGAACAUUCUCUCAGAAACUUAACGAACACAACGAGUCAUUCUCCAUGGCUGUUUUCCCAACAGCGGUCUGUAAUUAACCCACUUCCGGAAACUGGACGUUCUGACGAAAUAAACCCAAGUGCUUUGACAGCUGGAGUAUGCAGGCGUUUGUCUGUUAAAAGUCCUUUGAUACCAAGUCCUGUGUUGUCGAGUUUAUUAACACAGCGGGGUUGUCAGAUGAACAUAUGGCUCAAACUAGAAAAUAUUCAGCCGACUGGAUCAUUCAAAAUCCGUGGUGUUGAAAAUGUGGUUCGCAAGUGGGCAGCCGCGGGAGUGACUCAUAUUGUCUGUCCAACUACUGGGAAUGCAGGCAUAGCCGUAUCUUUUGCAGCUCACACUUACAGAAUAAACUGUACAUUAGUAGUUCCUGAGGCUCUUGAGCAAACUAUUAGACGGCGCCUAUCAUUAGAGGCUCAGGAAGCCAAGAUCGUUAUUGGUGGCACCAGUUUCUUGGAGGCCCAUCAUCGUGCUGAACAAUUAGUAAACGACCUACAAUCCGGACACAAUGAUCCCACUGUCCGACUUCUUCAUCCUUAUGAUCAGCCUGAACUAUGGGAAGGAUACGAAACUAUUGUCGACGAGGUCACUCCAGAGAUCGGUCAACCAGAUGCUAUAGUUGUCGCCGUUGGUGGUGGAGGGUUGCUUGCAGGCGUCAUACAAGGUCUAUGGAAUAGAGGAUGGUCUUCAACCCAUAUCGUAACUGUGGAAACAGAGGGGGCAGAUUGCUUAAAUCGUUCAUUGAAAUCUGGUCAGUUAGCAGUUAUCCCACGAAGCUCAACGAUUGCAACUUCUCUCAGCGCCCCAGUCUUGGCACAGCGUGCUUGGAGUUUGGCUCAAUGCCAUUCGAUUAGUGCAGUGACCUGUACUGACGGAGAGGCAGUUGAUGGAGUUAAACGUUUUUUGGGUAAGAUCUUGUUUCUGUAGCUUCACAAAUUAUUUCUGUACCCGUCUCUAACUUUGUAUGUUGACGAUGACAUUAUUCCUGUCGAUGAUAAGGUAACCACUUUGAAGUCAGCCAAACAAACUAAGUCUAAAAGUAGACUUGAGUAGCCACAUAUUUCAAACGUCUGUCAGUGUUGGAAAUAUACACUUUAACAAGUUCUGAUCAAGAGCAUUGGUUGUUUUAGUCAUACGAAAAUCAAUUUGUGUUGCCUUACACUCUACAAGACUAACAUAUUUCAACCAUGUUGGUCAGUCAGCUUCAACGUAGGACCAGGCACUUAUAAGCAUCAGUCAGUCAGUCAGCUACAACGUAGAACCAUGCACUUAUGUGCAUCGGUCCAGGUUGCCAUACCGCAUCAGCACAACAAGAUGAACACCGGAUUCAUAACAGUGGUUAGGUAAAAGGUGGUAAUAUAUAAGAGAAAGAUUGCAUAUAGAGAUAUAGUACAAGAAGAAAGAAUUGGUUAGUAGAAAGAAAGAUAUGAAGCGCUUUUAAUCUCUUAGUUUAAGGGAAGAAACCGAGUGUAUACACCGACGCCAUUGUGAUCGAUUCUGAGCCAUGUCACCAAGAGUCUCCAACCAUUGGUUACGAUAGUCACGCGGACCCCAACCAAGUAGUCUGCAUCUAUCAACAUGGCUCAGAUUAGAAGUUAGUGACUUCAAGCACUGAUGCCACGUUUUGGUUUGGCCGCCCCUAACUUCCAACCAUCCCCAACACCGGAUAGCAUUGCACGUCGUGGUAAUCGGUGUUCAGGCAUACGUAACACGUGGCCCAACCAUCUCAGUCGAUGAAGAUUCAUAACCUCAUCAACUGAUUAUAAGCAUCAGUCCAAGUUGCCAUAUCUCAUGAGCACAGCAAGAUAAACAUCAAGUUAAUAGAAGCAGUUACUUCAGUGGUAUUAAUAUGUAUAAACAAAGAUUGUAUAUUAUAAGGACUUGAUACAAGGUUUAACCAUGUCAAUUAAGAUCAAUUGGGAACUAGCAGUAUGCCGCAAGUAACAAAUCCGAGUUAGUUGUGUAAGUUUCUAGUCAACCACAUCCAGAUAGACAUUGUCAUAGUUCUCAUCGCGUACUCUAAGGUACAGUUUCAAGCCUUCAGUAUUUUCUUUCAUCAAAAUUCUGCCUUGUCAUACCUCACUAAUAUGAAGGUUUUUUAUACAUUUCAGAUGACCAUGGAAUGCUUGUUGAUCCAGCUUGUGGAGCAGCACUUUCGACUAUAUAUUCAGGCUACCUAUCACGCCUACAACUAGAGGGUCGCCUACCUCGUCCCUCCAAUGUUCUCAUAAUUAUCGGCGGUGGACGGAAUGUCUCUUUUCGUCAGUUGAUUGACUGGGAAAACCAAAUGUCUUCGUUCGCUCCCGAACAAAUUGCUGCAUCUGUUUUACCGCCUUUAUCAAGUUCUUACAUCACUCACUUAUCACCUCGUUCGACAUGCCAAGAAAUACCAAAAUCUUCAACAAUGACUCAUUACACGUCAGGGACUGAACACGAAGAAGGCAGAGUUGGGACCCCAACACCAAACACGCCGCGAUCUGUGUGUGCUAUUUUGAGCAGAACUUCAGUCUCCAGGUCUGAUGCUUCUGACCACCAAAUGUCAGUUUGCAAUGGACUGGAGGCCGAAAAUAGUUCUGAAUGCGCUGGUUCUUUAAAUCCACACGACCUAAUGAAUUUCUCCAAACUCCUGGCCUCAUCUGAGGCUGAAGGUGAAGAAGGUGGGCUACGUGAAUAACAACCUUCAGAUUAAUCAAUGUUAACCAUGUUUUAUUUUUACUUCUAUAUUUUGACUAUAAACAGUUUUAUGUUUUUCUGUUUUCUAGGCUUAGGUUAUCUUGAAUAUCAUAUACUUAAUUAUUUUUGACUGCUUUUGUUUGUUUGGAUUUUUCUUAUUGAAACUGAAAUUUUUAGACGGCUGGAACACACGGACAAGUAUUAAUCACUCUUGAUUUAUUAUUUGUUUAUUGGAUUUCGUAUUCCUUUUUCAUUUGGUGGUUAUUACAGUCUUUAAAUGCUGAUCCACUUAUUUGUUUAUUUUAGUCUUUAUUGUCUUAUAGAUAUUUGUUUUGUUUACUCUUCAUUAGUUUAUAAUUUGUUUCGUCAUUUUGUCGUCAUUUCCACUUAUAUUAAUCCGUUUAACGCGCUGUUAUGGUGUAAGAUUCGAAGACUAUAACACCCAUAUGAGAGAGAAGAUACACCUGAUAAACAAAUAAUAAAUCAACAGAGAUCAAUGCGUGUCAGUCGUGCACAUUUGUUAGCGCAUCUAUUUACCAGUGAUUGAAUUCUCUUGAUGGUUAACAUGUCUCCCUACCUCACUUCAUCUAUUUUAUGUUUCAUCUUUCUCUGUAAACUUGGCCUAUUUUUUCAUUAAAUGAGCAUCAUUUCAUAUAAAUUAACCAUUCCGUUCCUCUAGUUUAUUUUCGCAAAUUGAUUUAGUUAAUUUGUGUGUAACGCCUUUAAGCAAGGUGGACACAGUCGCAUUUGUUUUGUUUUUAUCUUAUGUUACUUAUCUUUAUCGUACUACACAAUUAUUUCGCACUUGUGCCUUUCUUUUUAUAGUCAUUGUGUGUUUUUAUUAUUUCUGGCAAGCAGCAUUACUUUCUAAUCUGAUAGAGUACAAGAUUUUGGAUUUAUUUACUCUAUUGUAUUUCGUUUUCAAUAAUGGAAACAAUUAUGUAUGGUUUUGCUUGUUGGUUUUUUGUAGUCUUUUUUAUUACCAUUUACUUAUAAUGUGUAUCACCUACAUUACUUUGCAUUGUUUUUUAAUUUUCAUUGCAUAAAUUUGUGUGUUGC